GCCGGCGGGUGAGGCGCCAUUUUGCUCAGCGGCGUGAUACCACCAUGAAUAGAAAGAAAGGGAUCUCUUCAGUGGAUGACAGUAAUGGAGAAGAAAUCAAUAGAAGAAAACUGAGAGAUAAAAAGCAACGUCUUAAAAUACUAGAAAGGGAUUUUACAGGACCAAAUUACAGAAAGGGUGAUUGCUGUCAUAUGUCAAAAGCUGUGAAUAUGAGAGAAUUUGGUGUGCUUGAUUUUACAGAGUCACGGGAAGAGCUUCCUGAAAGGGAUGAAGACACUGAUGUUUUUGAUUUUUCUUCUAUUCAAACCAAAGUUGAUUUUAAACUUGGACUGCACAGUAGAAACCCACCAAGGCUAACAAGGCUCUUCAGUCAGGAUACCAAAGAGAAAAAUGUUCAUCAUCCAAUUUCUUCAGAUGGCGGGCAGGAGUUCAAACCAGGUUUAACCCCACCAGUAGACACGGACAGUAAAACAAUGGAAGAUAUUGAUGAAGCUUUGUGGAUAGCUGUUUGUAAUCUUGGCCACUUAAAAGAUGCAGAUGAGAUGCUGAAGUACUUGGAGCUGAAAGUGAAACAGGAAGGAGACAAGGUGGCAGAAAUUGCAGAUAGAAUAUUUGAUGAACUUAUUACUUCUCUGCAGUCAAGGAAAAGRAAAUUGUAUGCAGAAUUAUUGAUGAAUAUUGACAGUUACAGUGCAGAAGUUGCGAGGGCUAAACAGUACAUUGAAGAGAAGAAAAAUUGCUUGAUUGGUGCUGUUAGGAUUGCAAAGGAGCUAAAAAUUACACCUUCUGUAAGAACCUACUGCGAUCUGACUCAGAUUAUUCACAAUCUAAAGUUGACAGUUGAGGAUGAGCUUUCAAGAGUGAAUAGCUUGAAGGAGAAAACAUCUUUAAGUCUCUUUGUGAAUACUGAUGAGAUUACAGCUUUGUUAAAAAACAUGGGGAAGAUUGAAUGGGGAAAAACAACAAGAUGUUUUCCCAAAUACAGUGAAGACAGUGCACAACACACUCUCAGGUCUGAUGACAAAGAAGGAAUACCACCAGGCUUUGACACUCAGCUUUCCUUAGACAAUGCCUUUCCAGCACUUACCAGAGAAAGGAAAAUAAAGACUUUUGCAAAACUUGAUGUUGAUGGAGAAAAGAAAAACACACGAGUACAAGAACUACUUACCAUGAUACAUCAUCAGAAUAUUCCUGUUCUGCCCAAGACUCUGUCCAGCCCUGAUGUCAUAAUAGAAGAAAUAAUUGAAGAUGAUGAGGAAGAACUUCUCACAGAAUUUCCUGAAGAUGAACAGAGGAAGAAACUCUUCAAGAAGGAAACGCCUUUGGAGUACAAACCUGGCUCGGCAGAACUYGUGUUUGUAAGCCACGUUAUAAAUCCAUGCCACUUCUAUAUUCGGAGAUACUCCCAGAAGAAAGUAGCAGUUGUUUUGGAGAAGAAAUUGAAAACCUUUUGUCGUAGUUUGAGUUCCUAUCUCUCACCUUCAGAUGUUUUGGAAAUAGGUGGUAGAACUUUCAUUAAGAGUAAAGAAACUGGAGUGUGGUGCCGUGGAACUAUCACUGAGCUAAUUCCUCUAAAACGUAAAAAUGCAAGGAAGCCUGGUGAUCCAGUAAGAUACAGAGUUUGUGAUAUUGCAGUGAUGGAAGUAUUUUUGAUUGAUUUUGGGAGUUCUGAAGUUUUAAUUUUUUCAAGCAAUAAAUAUGUUCCAGUUGAAAUACCUGAAACUUCUGCCUUGCAAAUUAUUGACACAGAUGACAUUUGCUUGUUUGUAAGAAAGCCUGAUGAGCAUAUUGAGGCACAACUUGCAGAUAUCCCUCCUUUAGCGGUGCUCUGUUCACUGAAAGAUAUUGUUCCCAAAAAUGCAAGCGAAGGUUGGGGACAGGAAGCAAAGACAGAAUUUUUGAAAAUGGUAAAUAAUAAAGUUGUUUUAAUGAGCAUAUUUAGAGAAGAAGACGGAGUGCUCAUUGUGGAUCUGAAAAAGCCUCCAUUUAAUAAAAUUAGCAAUAACAUGCCAGUGUCUCUCAAGGAUGCAUUAGUUUUUUUAGACUUGGCAAGGUUUAGGUCACAGCUUCCCAGUGAAUUAGAAAAUAAUAUAAUCUUGCAGUACAGUCCAGCUAAAUUACCACAAGAAACAGAAGAAGUCUCUGUUGUAGUUUGUCAUGUUAAUAGUCCUAGUGAUUUCUAUCUCCAAUUGAUGGAUAGCCUGGACUUUUUAGCUCUUCCAAAGAAAAUUGAGGAGAUAUACAAAUACGAGAAUAGGGAAAACUUGGAGAUUGUCUGCCCAGCUGAAGGGCAAGCCUGUAUUGCAAAAUAUAAAGAUGAAAUGUGGUGCAGAGCAGAGAUAAUAGGGCUGCCAAGUCAUCAGGAGGUUGUGGUAAAAUAUGUUGACUUUGGCAACGUUGCUAAGAUAAGUCUUAAAGACGUAUGCAAAGUCAAAAAGGAAUUUCUGAGCUUUCCAGAAAAGGCAAUCAGGAGCAAGUUGGCUCACRUUGAACCUUACAAAGGAGCAAGUGAGUGGACCAGAGAAGCCAAGGAAAGGUUUGAAGAGCUGACUGAAGAUAAGUUUAUGCUAUGUUCAGUUGUUAAAGUUUYAGAAAAUAAUAUUUUAUCUGUUGAACUGUUUGACUCCUCUGCUGUUCCUGGAAGAUGCUCUAGUAUUAACCUACAGCUAGUUAAAGAAGACUUGGCAUCUUACAUACCUGGAUAUAUUGGAAGUACUACUGUAGAGCCCAAUGAAAUAUGGGAUGCUCCUCUAGAUGAAAUUCCCGAAACCCUAGAAAAUUCAAGUCCUGUAAACAUGGAACCUCUGGAGGAAGUGGAUGUCAAAUCACUUUCUAAGAAAGAGCUACAAGUGAGAAUUAGUCAUGUUGUGUCCCCUAGCAAAAUUUUUGUUCAAUGGCUAUCAUCAGAAAGUUUACUGAAAAGUUUACAGGAGGAGAUGGCAACUGUCUAUGAAGAAUCCCAGCCAGAGUAUGUGAAGUGGGAGACCGGCAUGUAUUGUGCUGUUUAUGUGUGUGAUUGGAAACUGUGGCAAAGAGGUCAGAUAAUCAGGAUUGUCUCUGAUACCACUGCAGAGGUAAUGUUGUAUGAUUCUGGAGCUGUAAAAAUAGUGGAUAUCAGCUGCCUAAGAACACUUGAGGAAAAUAUGAGGAUAAUGAAGACGCUGGCAAUAGAAUGUUCUUUGGUAGAUAUAAGACCAACAGGCGGAAGCAUGCAGUGGACAGCAACAGUGUGCGAAUGUGUAUCCUAUUACCUGACUGGGGCACAAGCCAAAAUAAUUAUACAGGAAAGUGAUGUGGCUCGUCCCUUGCCUGUGAAAAUUCUUUGCAAAGAUGAAGCAGGACAAUUUAUUGAUAUUUCAGAACACCUUAUUAAAAAGGGUUUGGCUUUUAGAAACAGAAGAACUGAGAGUGCUGAUUCAGCUGGCUUGAUCCCGAAGGAACAUCUUGAAGUAGAUUCAGAACCAGAGACCUUGGAAUUAGAUGAUCGUAAUUCAGAAGCUACUUGUGCACUAGACAGUGCUGCUCCAGAGAAGGACAUCACUGUUACUGAGAGAGAACAUAAAUCAAACACAACAGAGGAGCYACUGCUUCCUUUAGGACUGGAUGAAGUUUAUAAACCCCCUGUUAUACCUGAAGCGAAAAUUUUUCGAGCUGUAGUAAGUUGUAUUGGACAUGAUGGGACCAUUUAUGUGAUUCCGGUGUCAUUAGCAAACAAACUGAGCAAAUUGAUGAGUGAAAUUCAGUGUAACUUCAAAUGCCUUGGUCUUCUCGAACCCUACUGUUGGAAAAAGGGAGAAGCCUGUGUUAUAAGAGGGUCAGAUACUAUGUGGUAUCGAGGUAAAGUUACAGAGCUUGGUGGUGCUACUCUCCAGGUGCAGUACAUAGACCGUGGUUCCAUUGAGAAGAUCCCCCAGUGUCAUCUGUAUCCAACUGACUUAUAUACUGAUGUUCCUCCCUUUUGCAUACCAUGUCAGCUCUACAAGACAGUGCCAAUUGGAAAUUUUUGGCAGCAGGAUGCAGUAGAUGUCCUUCAAGAGCUACUUACAGAUGAAGAGGUUGAAAUACAUGUCCAGGAGCUACCAGCUGAUCCACGAGGGAAACUGUCCAUCAGCCUCUAUAUUGAUGGAAAGUCUGUGUCCUCCCUCAUGGCCUACCAGAAGUACUGCCAUGUUGAAGGUUGUCAGGACAUACCAAAGCUGGAAUUACUUGAAGGAGAUGUCCCCAAUUUGCCUCUGUAUACACUGCCCUCGCUCCCUGUUCCAGGAGAUACAUUUCCUGUCAGAGUGACCCAUCUGGUGUCUCCUAAAGAGAUGUAUAUUUGUCUUGAUCCUUCUGAGAGCCUUAAAGAGUGCUCUGCUGCGGAGGCAGACGCCAAGAGCGAUCUCGCAGUGGAGAGCCUUGAUGAAGCCUUGAAGUGGUGCAAUAAAAAUGUGGAUUCUCUUCCUCCUCUCACAAACUUCAGAACAGAAAUGCCUUGCCUUGUUGAAUACAAUGAUGGUUUAUGGUAUAGAGCAAAGCUCCUUGCUGUUAAAGAACUGGACCCUGUUAAAGUCCUAAUUCAAUUUGUUGACUAUGGUAAUUUUUCAGUGGUUCCAGCCAGCAGAUUGCGCCAGAUACCUUCUCACCUGCUGCACUACCCUGUCCAGGCAGUUCGGGCGCUGCUGGCCGGCCUCAGGCCUCCUGCGGGCGACCAGACUAGGAAGAGGAUCCCCUAUUGCCCGGAGUGGAGCAUGGAAGCAUUGUGGGCCAUGAUGGAAUGUGUUGAGGGAAAGCAGCUCUCUGCUUCCAUAGUUACUGUUACACCAGAGGUCACCAUUUCUUUGUAUGAAGAUGAUCAAAACCUAGUUCAUAUGAAACUGAUAGAAAUGGGAUUUGCAGAUUUGGAUGAGUAAUGUGUGUGUCUGGUGACAAACUUCUCCCAUACUGGCAUCUAAUCAGGAAUGAAAAUUGGGCAGGGUUAUUACUUUCUCUGCCUCCCCCUCAGUGCAUUUCUAUUACUGCUGUUUGGUGUUUUCAGUAAUGUUCAGAUUAAUGUUUUGUGUGUUCUUCCACUUUCUUCCCUUUCC